GCUCCGCGGCCGUUGCCCGGAGCCCGUUAGGGGGCGCUGCGGAGACCAACGGUCCGCGCUGCUCGGCGGCCAAAAUGGCGGCGUUGGCGGCAGCCCGCGUCGUGGUGUGGUAGUGUCCCCGGCCGCCGCGGGCCGGGCAGCGGAGCGGGCGCGGCUGGCGCGCUAUAUAAAGCCCGGCCUGCCCCGACCCGACUAGGUCCAGAUACCCGGCGCCGGAGUCUGGCGUGUGGGCUGGACGAGGCCACCGAGGCAAAUGUGCAAUACCAAGAUGUCGUCCCUUAUGGAUGCCUCUUCUGUCACCGCUUCGGAGCAAGAGGCGCUGGUUAAGCCAAAGCCACUGUUGUUGAAGUUGUUAAAGUUAGCUGGUGCAGAAAAGGACACUUUUACUAUGAAGGAGGUAAUAUUCUAUCUUGGACAAUAUAUUAUGUCUAAACAGUUAUAUGAUGAAAAACAGCAACAUAUUGUACACUGUGCAAAUGAUCUCCUGGGGGAUUUAUUUGGAGUAACAAGCUUUUCAGUAAAAGAGCACAGGAGACUAUAUUCAAUGAUUUCCAGAAAUCUGAUAGCAGUCAAUCAACAAGACUCUACACUUGCUAACACACCUGAGGAUGAUGCAAGGCUUCAGCUGGAAGAAAAUAUUCUUAAGGAAUCUGUGCAAGAGUUGGAAGAGAAGCAGACUUCAUCAAACGUGACUUCCCGACCAACUACAUCUUCUCGGAGGAGGACACACACUGAAUCUGAAGAAGAUUCUUCAGAUGAUGUACACAACAGAAGAAAACGACACAAGUCGGACAGCAUUUCAUUGACGUUUGAUGAAAGUCUCUCAUGGUGUGUAGUCAGUGGUCUGUGCCGUGAAAGAAGCAAUAGCAGCAGUUCCACAGAUUCACUCUUCAUCCCUGAUCUUGAUGCCAGUUCCUUAAGUGAAAACUCUGACUGGUUUGACCACAGUUCUGUUUCAGACCAGUUCAGUGUAGAGUUUGAAGUUGAGUCUAUUUAUUCAGAAGAUUAUAGCCAUAAUGAAGAAGGGCAGGAGCUGACAGAUGAAGAUGAUGAGAUAUAUCAGCUGACUGUUUACCAGGAUGAAGAUAGCGAUGCUGAUUCAUUUGAUGAAGAUCCAGAGAUUUCUCUAGCUGAUUACUGGAAGUGUCCCAAAUGCAGCGAAAUGAAUCCUCCACUUCCACGCCAUUGCCACAGGUGCUGGGCUCUUCGUGAGGACUGGCUUCCAGAAGAAAAGAGUGAUAAACUAGAAAAGAGCAAAUUUGAAAGUUCCCCCCCUCGAGAGUCUGAAGAAGGUUUUGAUGUUCCUGACUGCAAGAAAGUGAAAAUGACUGAAGAUAAAGAGCCAGCUGUGGAAGAGAGUGAGGAAAAAGCAGUGCAAAUUUCUGAGUCCCAGGAAAGUGAAGAUUACUCCCAGCCAUCAACAUCGAGCAGCAUGUUUUGUAGCAGCCAGGAGGACUGUAAGGAACCUGAGAAGACAGAAAGGCAAGACAAAGAGGAGAGCAUGGAAUCCAGCCUGCCUGUUACCAGCAUAGAGCCCUGUGUCAUAUGUCAGAGCAGACCCAAAAACGGCUGCAUAGUGCAUGGCAAAACGGGACACCUCAUGUCGUGUUUUACGUGUGCCAGGAAACUGAAGAAGAGGAACAAGCCCUGUCCAGUGUGCAGACAGCCUAUCCAGAUGAUUGUGCUGACUUACUUCAGUUAGAAGGAUGUUGAGUGGAAAGCAGCAAAAGAACUUCAUAAACUGGUUAAGAGAGUAAGAAACUAUUUUUGUAUGCAUAUUGGAAAUUAAUAUUAAAGGUUGUCUUUACAUUUGCUAUGAAAAGUGAUUGCUGACAUAAAUGCACUGAAGUUGGUAA